UUCUGCCAAUCGCUUGAGGACAGAGUGGGAAAAGGAACAAGCAGAGUUAGAGGCAGGACAAAAGAAGUUAUAUACACCGCUAUAUACAUAUAUAAAAAUUACGAUUUUGAAUGGCGUGCGUCGGAAAAAAACAAUAGAAGUGAGUUUGGAUGGACUGGGCAGAGUAGCUAUGGAGCUCCCUUUGAGCAAGAGGAAUCCGGCGCUAAGAUUAGCGGAUUUGGCAGCGACUCAAACCCUUCCUCAUCAGAAUAUGACAGGCUUCCCGGGGAUAGGGGGGCAUCACCCUCACUCCCACCAUGCCCACCUCCACCCUGGGGAGAUGGGCAACGACCCUGGAGUGGUACUCACUCCAUUUGGACCUGAGCACAUGGCACAGACAAAUGCUCUCAAACUUAGUCCAUCUCAACACAUUCAAAGCCACCCCGAAGCCCAGACCGCGGCAUCUUUUACUUCUUCUCAGACCACAGUUGGUUUCCCCGUGGCUCACCCCCACUCAGGCUAUACAACCUGCAGGGACUACGUCCUCAGGAGAGAGCUCUCAGCCUCUGCUAUGCAUGCACUUGGCGACCAACAUAGUUCCGCCUCCUCCCCUCAUCACCAUGGCAUGUUCAUUUCCCCAACAGGUGCUUAUGGGCACGCGGAAGGUGGUGCCCAUCCACUUUUUACUGGACUCCACGAUCAAGCUGCCCCAGGUGCUCACCACCAUGCUCUCAACGGGCAGAUGCGUCUGGGUCUUCCGGGGGACAUCUAUGGCAGGCCAGAACACUUCGGCCACAGGCCCGAGCACUAUGGACCUUCAUCUCUCCACAGCUACAACUCCAUGAACUUAAAUGUGAACAUCGCUUCAGCUCCUCAUGGAGCCGCGGGGGCGUUUUUGAGGUACAUGAGGCAGCCCAUCAAGCAAGAGUUAAUCUGCAAAUGGAUUGACCAGGAACAAACUUCAAAGAAGCCAUGUUCCAAAACUUUCAGUACAAUGCACGAGCUGGUUAACCAUGUCACCGUGGAGCACGUCGGGGGACCGGAGCAGAGCAGUCACGUUUGUUUCUGGGAGGAAUGUCCACGAGAGGGAAAGGCUUUCAAGGCAAAGUACAAACUGAUAAAUCACAUCCGAGUUCACACGGGAGAAAAACCCUUUCCCUGCCCUUUCCCGGGUUGCGGGAAAGUAUUCGCUCGUUCCGAAAACCUCAAGAUCCACAAGAGAACACACACAGGAGAGAAGCCGUUUAAAUGUGAGUUCGAUGGCUGCGACAGGAAAUUUGCCAACAGCAGUGACAGGAAGAAACACUCUCACGUCCACACGAGUGACAAGCCUUACUACUGCAAAGUAAGAGGCUGUGACAAGUCCUACACGCACCCCAGCUCCUUAAGAAAACACAUGAAAGUUCACUGCAAGUCACCUCCGCCUCCUUCUGCCAACACUGGGUCCACAUACCACUCCUCAUCGAGUACUCUCGGAGCCCCUCUCUCUCCGGCCUCUGAGCCUCACAGAAGCCGCUCGGCAAACCUCUCCCCUCAGGUUACAAACCUCAAUGAGUGGUACGUGUGCCAAGGAAGUGCUGGACCUAACCAUCUUCACACUCCUUCCAGUGAUUUGCCAACAUCGGACUCAGAGGACGAGGAUUCUUUCAGGAACUCAGACCCAAGACCAAUGCUCUAGUGCUGACAGCAUUGAAGGAGAAUAUUUUCCCACUGGUAUAACAUAUGAUAAAUAAACUAAGAUUAUAAGAAUAUCAGCUUGUUUAAUAAUGAAGUAGAACACAGUGCCGCAGAGGUGAAAUGGCAAAGGACGUAGGCUGUUGAAAUCUUUACUUUUUUGCGUAAUUGCGCGCUGCAGAGAAUUUAAAUUUACAUAGCCCUAAUUUUUCAUCACCUCCGAGCUACGCAAAUGCAGAACGAUGAGGUUAAGAAUGAACUAAUUAUAUUCGUAUAUUAUUAAAUACCAAAAUAAAGGUCUUCGCUUAUCUUGAUAAUAUUCCCCAUUAAUAAAUAUUCUCAUCAUAAAUAAAAUUGCAUUCUUAACAUUAUAUGAACAUUUCUCCAUGGUGUCCUCCAACCAACACUACGAGUCAUUAUUGUUUUAUGCUAAAGGUACUUUGUGAAUGAGAUCUCAUCAGAACCGCCAUCCAAAGUUUAAAAGUUCAAAGCUUUAUCAGACUGUGUCCACCGAUGCCUGCGUAUGAAAACACGGUAACCGCGUAAUACCAACACUGCGCGUAUUUCAAGGACAUUUAUGGCGCAUAACUUUAAUUUAUCCACAUGUACAAUAAAGGUCCACAAAGUGAAUAAUAUUACAGAAUAAUUUAUUAUUAGCCCAUUAGAUGGCAUUUCUAAGAUCAGCAUAAAGCGAAGCACUGCAGUAAGAUGGCGAUGUGCGACAGUCGCCUUAGUUGUGGAUGAGAACGACAAAGCGGAGCUGCACCUAUAGCAUUCACCUGUUUUCUAAAAUAUGUACAGUAACUAAUUUACUUUAAUUGAUACAUUUUGUGCUUCUUAAUGACUAUUUAAAAUACUUUUGAUGUAAAAUUCGUUACAGUAUUACAAACUCGUUAAAGAGUACUUAUUUGUCAUUUGAGACCCUAAAUAUGUAAAAUUGCCAGACCUAUCCCUGACUGAUUUGUACAUAUUUGUAUUGUUCGUUUGUGUUGAUGUAGUCUUUAUAACAAUGAUGUUGUUUUGUAAAUUGUAAUUUAUUUGCUGACAUAAUGUCCUGGAAUUACAGAUACACCAAAGAAUAUUAAUCUUAAUUUUGGUGAGAUUUAGUGAUACUUUCUCGUCGUAUGUAAGAAGCAUAUUCUCUUUUUACUUGAAUAAGAUGUGUAAUGUGAAAACGUACUUUCUCGCAUGUCCAGCAAAGUAGGCCUAUUUAACGUUGCGGUGCAUGGUGUUGUUGGUUUUGAUGAAGAAAAAAAGAUAAAAAAACAGCUUUGAUUGUGGAGGUCUUUGAUGUUUUGUGAUAAAAUGAUAACAGUUAACAUGGUAAACCUGAAUAAAAUGAACAGGACAUUAUAAAA